AUGAACGCUGACAAGCUAGCCAAGAUGCAAGCCCAAGUCCGUAUUGGCGGAAAGGGAUCACCACGUCGUAAGAUGAAGAAAGUUCACAAGAGCGCUACAAAUGAUGAUAAGAAACUCAAAUCUGCUCUUAAUAAGCUCAAACCUCAUCCGAUCCAGUCAAUUGACGAGGUGAAUAUGGUUAGGGAAGAUGGAAGCGUACUUCAUUUCCGUUCGCCGAAAGUUCAAGCAGCCGUUCAAUACAAUACGUUUGUGAUCGAAGGUCCGGCCGAGGAAAAGAGCGCAGAAUCAAACCUUGAAAUGCUUCAAAAGCUUAACGCAAGCCUGUCCCAAGCAUCACAAAAUGUGGCUACCGAGGCUGAUGACGAAGAAAUUCCUGCAUUAGUAGAAGAUUUUGAAGCCGAGACGGAGAAGGCGACCGAUGAACAGUAG